CAAAAUUUAUUCCAAACCAUUCACAUUUUUUUCCCACUGGGACAUGAUUCAGAAGUGCUGUAGCCACACCUCUAGCCCCACUAGAGAAUUCAAUUUGUUUUCACUGUCCGCAUCUCUUGGUUUCACAACGGUUUGAGAUAUGCCGUCUUUAUUGUUGUGCCGAAGUUGGCUUGUGACACGGUCUUCCGUGAAAUGUAACCAAACACUUCUUCCUUGGAGUCUUCUAUUUUGGAACCUCGAUGAGAACAGACGUGGGAGGCCCGGAGGCUCCGGCUGGGUGAGGCAGGGCGGGGUGGUGGGUGGAAUGGGGCGCGGGGUCGGCGCGCCAGCGCCUGGGAAACAGGCUCCACUCAUUCCUGUCUCGCGGCUUACUGAAACUGGGCUAAGCUUGCAGCAGGCACAGCGCCAGGAGCAAGAGGGUGUUGCAGGCGAGUUCGGAUGCCGACUGUCUCAGCCAGGCGUGGCGGCCCCCUUGGGCGCUGGCAGCGGGUAUCGGGGCGGCUCGGCUCUGAGGUCUCCAGUUUGCAUCUCCCUGCGACUCAGCUUCGAACCGUAUGAGCUCGGCCAGAAGAAGACGGCGCUGCUGCCCGACAUGCAAACGCACAGGCCUGCUGAGCACGGUGGCAGGCGACAGUCCCAGUGCCUUCCAAAGGGGUGCCAGCUGGAUGCCUUCAUUAAACCAGGCUUUCCUCUCGGCGGCCGGGAAGCGUCAAACGUCACGCAGAGCUCAGGUCCGUCGUGCGGGGCCGGUCUGACCGCGGGCACCGCGAGUCCUGGGAGCUCUAGCUCGAGGCCCGGGGCGCACAGCCGCGGCCCCGGUCUCCGGCCUGCUGGGACCGCAGCUUGGCGGCGACCACAGCCGGGGGCGAGGCUCCGGCCAGGGAGUGGCCUCGACGCCGGAGGCUCUCCUCACGCGGUCCCGGGCGGCGCCGCGGGCAGGCGGGGCGUGAGGGACGGCAGCGUUAGCCAAUGCAGCGCGGGUAGGCGGGGCCUGGCCGUGUCAAGAGGGCGGGGGUGGGGGUGAGAGCCAAUGAGAAGCAGGCAGGGCGGGGCCGGGGCCGGCCCUUCGGCAGUGUCUGCGGGGCGGGCCGGAGUCCACCCGAGUGCGAGCGCUGGGGUACCCGCAGCUCGGCGGAGUCCCGGCGCCGCGCCUCGCGACCGCGGAGCGAUGUCAGGGCCCGGCCAGGAUUCUUCAAGACAAAGUUGCAGCCAUUUUCAAUGAGGAUCAGUGAUCAAAAUUAUUCUUUUUAAAAAGACAUUUACAAGUUAAACAUGAAAGAAAGGUACUGGAGUUACUUCACUUCUGACAAGAUAAACUGUACAGUAUUUCACCGUCACUUUUAAUGGAACCUUUGUAAGAUUCACUUGUCAUGCACCCAACUGGGAACAUGGAUGGUGGUUUUUCUCGUUCUGCUGUUCAGACAUUGUCAAGAAGCCACUGCAAAAACAUCAAACAAAAAAUUUCCCAGUGGGAAGGAAGGACUAAUGGUACAUCUAAUCCUUCUAAGUGGCAUCAAAAGGACUUUGGAGUGAGAUACAACUGUCACCAAGAGAUUCUUCCAAAGAAAAAUCCUAUUGCUGAGGGAAAGAACAAAAAGUUGGGUAAAACCAACUCUCAGAAUGUGGUUUUAGAUAUGGAUGAAGAUGCUAAAAGCCAUGAUCCAAGUGAGGAUGAAGGUGAGAAACAUGACUACGAUGAUACAUGCAUCUUUAAACAUGAGUCAGAACACAGUUGGGUGUGUUCCAGGGUCAAACAGAUUGAAAGCUGGAAAGAAGUUCUGUUAGGUCCAGAGACUUCAUUACCUCCGGGAAACUUCUAUACCUCACAAAUACUGUGGAAGAAAAUAGAAACACUUCCCCCAGAUAAAGUCAUAAAUUUGACGUUAGAACCUUGUGCCCCUUCAGAAAAAAAACUGAAUUGUAGCAUUCUAAAUAGUUCAUAUGGAAUGACCAAGAGCUUAGAAAAUAUUUACUCUGAACCAGAGGGGCAAGAAUGCGGAUCUUCUAUAAACCCUUUGCCAAAGCCACGCAGGACAUUCAGGUACUUAUCCGAGUCUGGUGUUAGGCCGUGUGAAGAAAGGAACUGUGACAGAAAACACUGUGAAAAUAGUUCUUGUGCAGAAUCUACUUUGGCCUCUUCUCAGGAACCUGUACCAAAGAAAUAUGGUGGAAAAAUUAGAGGGAGAUCAAAAAGGAAAUCCUUUGAAUUUGAGGAUAUUCAGCACUUUCGAAAUCGGAAUUCACAGAAGAUUCAUGAAGAACUUGGGAGAAAUUCUGGUUCAGCACUUUAUUACACACAAUCUGAGGAUAAUAUCUAUGAGGAUAUCAUAUAUCCCACCAAAGAAAAUCCAUAUGAAGAUAUCCCAGCGCAGCCUUUGCCCUUGUGGAGGUCCCCUUCAGCAUGGAAGCUCCCACCCACUAAAAGUGCUUUCAGAACACCCAAGCUUCCUCCCAAGCCACAGUUCUUUCACCGAAAGACUAUGGAGCUGAAGAACUCCCACGCUUAUUUACGGUCAAAGUUCACGAAGGAUACCACUUUGCCUGUCACUUUAACUGAGUGGAAACUUUUUGGAGCUGGAGAAGUUGCAAACAGAAAAAGGAGAAAUCUUCCAAGGCUUGUAUUGAAAAUAGAUGACAUAUUUCAAUCCAAGAGAGGAAAGAAGAAGGUGAAGUUACACCCUUACACUGGAAAGGAAGUACCUCCUUCAAAAGGUGAAACCAGUGGAAAUGAAAGUGAUGGCGAGUAUCUGCCAAAGAAUCGCCACAAGCGCUUAGCACAACUGCUGCAGCCUUCCAAGAGGAAUCCUCACUACCAGACCUUGGAGCGGGACCUUAUUGAACUGCAGGAGCAGCAGUUGUUUGAACUUUUUGUGGUGGUGUCUUUACAGAAAAAACCAUCAGGAAUAAGCUACAUUCCCCAGGUCAUACAGCAGUUCCCUAGCAAGGGUGAUCAUGGCUAUAAGCAAUCAAAAGACACAGAAGAAAGGCUCAAAGUUAUCCCAAAAUUUUGUUUUCCUGAUUCAGAGGACUGGAUACCAACCUCAAAACUCAAGAGUGAAACUUUCUCCUUCGUUUUGACUGGUGAAGAUGGAAGCCGGUGGUUUGGUUACUGUAAGAAGCUUUUGCCAGAAGGCAAAGGAAAGCGACUCCCUGAGGUGUACUGCAUGGUUAGUCGCCUCGGCUGCUUCAAUCUGUUUUCAAAGAUUCUGGAUGAAGUAGAGAAGAGAAGAGAAAUGUCUCCAGCCCUUGUUUACCCGUUCAUGCGAAGUGUCAUGGAAGCUCCUUUCCCAGCUCCUGGACGCACCAUCACAGUCAAGAGCUACCUCCCUGGGGCUGGAGAUGGGUCAAUUGAACUGUGUCGACCAAUAGAUGCACGAUUGGAACAUGUGGAUUUUGAAUGCCUUUUUAAGUGCCUGAGUGUCUGCCAUCUCAUCCGGGUCUGUGCCUCUCUCCUUUUGGAGCGGAGGGUAAUCUUUGUUGCCAACAGCUUAAGCACACUGUCACAGUGUGGCCAUGCUGUGGUAGCCACCCUGUAUCCAUUCACCUGGCAGCACACCUACAUCCCAGUCCUGCCAGCAUCCAUGAUUGACAUUGUGUGCUCACCUACUCCUUUUCUUAUUGGAAUCCUGUCAUGCUCCUUACCACAUCUCCGGGACCUCCCCAUUGAAGAGGUGCUGAUAGUUGAUCUCUGUGCUGACAAGUUCCUACAGGAGGUGUCUGAUGAGAAUGAAAUUCUACCACCUAAACUUCAAGCUGCCUUGAUGCAGAUUUUAGAAGAAAGAAAUGAAAUCUUAUCUCAGGAGCAGAAUUUUUCACAAGAUGUUACGCUCAAUUCUCUGGUGUCUGAAGCCUUUGUGCGGUUCUUUGUGGAGCUGGUGGGACAUUAUUCUUUGAAUAUGACUGUCACCGAGCGUGGGGAGCGUGUAUUCCAAAGGGAGCCGUUUCGUAAGUCCCACACUUCCCGAAGUGUGCGCCACUUCCUCGAUCUCUUCAUGGAGACUCAGAUGUUUGCAGGAUUCAUCCAGGACCGAGAGCUUCGGAAGAGUGGGGUUAAAGGUUUGUUUGAGGUUCGGGCUCUCCAGUAUUUGGAAACAAUUCCUGAGUCUGAGCCUAGUGGGGUGAACAGAAUUUUGCGGAGUCUUGGAAGUAAGAUGAAAUUUCUGCAGAAGAAAUGAAUCUUUGUCUCCAUCUUAAAUAGAAUGAAAAGUGCCAGAGAAAAUGUUUCUCCAAGGGUCAGGAUGCCUUUGAAGUACUCCACGAAAUCCUUGGAAUUGUGAAAGGUGAAGGAGCAGUCAGGUUCUCGGAGGAAGACCUGCUGCUGCUGCUGCUGCUGCUGCUGCUGCUGCUGCUGCUGCUGCAGUCCCUGGAGAAUUGUUGGGCUGGAACUGAUGCUCUCUACGCUUCCAAUUUUUUUUUUUUAUACCGGCCUUUUCUGUUUGAUUCUGGGGCUUAUUCUUUGUAUGCUUAGUCUGUGAAGGCCAUUGUCUUUACAAGGGGAAAGCUGUUAUUAAAUAUUUUUUAAAAUAAAAAGCUUAAAGAUGAGUCUGAUGAAAGAAAGGCAGGGGUUGGGGUGCUAGAGAGGCACGAUUGAAACGGCAGCGACUAGCCUUACACACACAGCUCUCCUCCCGGAAACAUCACGGCAGCCGUAAGGCCGGGGGCUAACAGCGGGGCGCUGUGCCACCACCGGUAGUUCCAGCUACUUGGGAGGCUGAGCCAGAGGGAUCAUGAAGUUUGAGUGCAGCCUGGGCAACAGAGUGAGACCUUGUCUCAAAGUAAAAUAAAAAUGUUGGUAAAACCAUGAGUUGUUUGAACUUACAAACUGAGACAUAGUCAUCAUUUGUCUCUCUUUUUGUCUAAUGUCCUGUCAAAGGGAAUCUCUUGUAUGUGGAAGACCUUGUUACUGGAUAUUUAUAAAAGUGGAGAUGUUGAGGCUCCUCCUCCACAAUGUACGGCACUUGAGUAGCUUGUCCCUCACAUGUCAACAUUACAGUUUGCAUAUAAUGGUUACAACAAAAAUAUCCUUUCAGCCAGGUGUGGUGGUGUAUGCCGGUAAUCCCAGGACUGGGGAGGCUGAGGCAGGAGGAUUAUCAUGAAUUUUGAGGCCCGCGUGAACUACAUGGUGAGACCCUGUCUCAAAAAAAAAAUCCUUUCAAGGACAUGGGAACUACUACUUGUGUGUGUCCACCAUUUGGCAUGCAUUGUAGUGUAUGUAUGUCAGUCAUCUUAUUCAGGCCUUAAGUCAACCCAGAUAUUUGUCUCUGCCUUACUGAAGAAGAAACUGUGAUCAAAGAGACUAAGUGACUUAUCCAGUUAUACAAUUCAGAUAGAAGUAAAGACUUUUAUUUUAUGAACACAAAAACUUGGUUAGUCUUAGAGGUGAAAAUAUGAACUCUGUAGGAUUGUAGCUAUUUUAAAGUUUUUUUUUUAUUAAGUGUACCAGAGCCACCUCAGCUCUGAGGAUAAAGGACUUUAUAAGUAUUUAAAUGAGGCUUUCUUUUUUCCCCCUUUGCUUUUAGUGGGAUGGGAAUAGAAUCCAGGGAUUUGCAAAUGCCAGGGAAGCGCUUUAUCACUGUUAUACUUCCAGCAUGAGACUUUUUUUUUUUUUUUUUUUUUUUUUUUGGUAUAGUACUAAGGAAUGAACCCAGGGCCUUUACGCUGAGCUACAUCCCCACCACUUUUUAAUUUUGAGGCCAGAUCUCAUUAAAUUGCCUAGCCAGGGCUCCAACUUUCAAUCCUCUACCUUUAGCCGCCCAGAGUGCUAGGAUUGCAGGUGUGCACCGCUACCGUGCCGACCUACUGUGAGAUUCCCUUAAAAUUGUUGGAGUUUUGCUCUAAUUUAAUUUGACUCAGAAUAUGAAUAUUUC